UGCUCACUAGUGACUGGUCUGCACGCGCACGUGUUAUUAUACCUUUACCAAUAAAUCCUAGCAGACUGACAAAUUCGGUUCGGAAAUGUUUUUAUGUUGAGUCAAAUAAUUUUUUAAUGUGCAUUUCCUUGACAAAAUGAAGAACAAUAAAUUUGAACGUGAAAAUAUUGUGUGGACCAAUCUCGAACUCAAAAAGCUCAUCGAAGAUGAAAAUUCUUGUGUAAAGUUAGUUAGAGCAAAAAAGCAUUUAGGGUUGCUUCCCUACCAUUUAAAUGAUCUCAAUGCUUCCUUGAAAGAAUCGAUGAAGGGUUUUUUGUAUUGCUACGAUCGCGAAUUAGAAGGAUCACUAUUAGCUUUCCAAAAAGGAAAACUUUUGACGAACUAUGGAGAUCUUAUGGGUGAUUCACCCUUCAUACAUAUUGAUAUAGAAGCAGAUUUUUACAUUUUCCAACCAAAAAUUGGAAAACCCUUGAAAGGAGUUGUCAAUAAAGUUGCUCCUAAUCAUAUAGGACUCCUAGUUCACAAAGGCUUCAAUGCCUCAAUUCCUAAACCAUUUGGUAACGAUAAAGAGUGGAUUGGUAACACAUUGUCCAUUGAUCAGGAAGUAACAUUUACGCCUACUAUUAUAAAUUUUAAUUCCAAGUGUCCCUAUAUUCGAGGAACUUUGAAUGAAAGUGAAUAUAAUUCUAAACAUCCAAAGAAAAUAGUUCCCAAAAUAGAAUUUGAAUCAGAGGAAGAACAAGUUAAAAGAGACAGCGAAAGUGAAGAAGAAGAGCUAAAUGAGAAGGAAGAAGAAGAAGAAGAAGAAAGUGAACAAGAAAGUGAACAAGAAAAAGAAACAAACAAAAAAAUAUUAACAAAAAUAAAAAAAGAAAUAAAAGAGGAGAUCCAAGAAGAAACGCAAGCAGAAAUUCAAGAAAAUAAAAGAACAGAAAAAAAAGGAAAAAAAGAAAGUAAAAAACGAAAACAAAGAGAAGAAGUAGACGAAGGAGAACAAGAAAUUGACAAACGAAAAAAGAGAAGAAUAAGUUGAACAAAUAUAUGCAUUUGAUUGAAUCAUUGUUGUUUUUUAUGUAUAAUAAACUUUGUCAUUGAAAAAAAGAAUGUAUUCCAUGUAUCAUAGUCCUUAUUAGUCUUAAUGUAUUUUCACAUAAAAGCAUGUAAAAACUGAGAUACAAGUAGUAAUGUUGUAAUAAAUUAGUUAUUUAAUUAAUUGAAUGUAUUCAGACAUUCACUAAAUGUUACAUAACUCCAAAAAUGGUUUAAGUACAGUAUUAUAACACAGCAGAAUAGAAGAAUAAU